AUGUAUGCAUUAUUUAUUCAGUAUUAAUUUUAUGAAAGGUGGAGACUGAAGAAAUUGAAACUAGCAAACAUGAUAUAUUAUUAAAUAUUAAAGCAGAAAUUGAUCAUAACAAGGAAUCUGAUGAUAUUCCAAUUGUCGAAAACAAGCCUGAAAUUGAUACAAAUGUAAGUAAUACUGAGAAACACCAAUUAUUUAAGGAAACAGAAUUAUUGGAAGCUCUUACAAUAUCUAAAGAUGAGGAAUCAAAUGAUUUAAAUAUUUUUAAUACUACUGAUAACAAAAUAAAGAAAGAAAUAAAUUACGGUCAACAAGAAGAAAUAUUGGAAACUCUUGAAGUCAAAGAAGAGAAUGAUGCGACACUUACAGAAAAGCAAGAGGAAAUCAAAUUAGAUGACCCGGAGUGUGUCAGAGAUGUUUGUACUGCUAAUAUGGAGCAUGAAGAGGUACAAACAAAAGGAAAAAAUCAAGAGAAAAAGAAGCAGAGAAAUGUUCGAAAAAUAGAUAAAAAACCUCUCAAAGUACCAACCAAAGCAGCCCUAAAAGAAUUUAAGAUGAAAAAAACAUCUGAUAAAAAAAAGGAAGGAAUUCAAGAAAAAACUAAAGUUCGCCGGUCAACCCGAAUUAAAUCUAUUGGUACUAAACAAACACAGAAGACUGAUAAGUCAACUAUAAAUAGUAAAGGAAUGGCAAAAAAUAAAAAAGGAGAAUCUGAUUCAUCAGAUGGAAGUAAUUCUGGAAAUAACGAAUUAGAAAAGUUAUCGACGGAAAAUUCAAAUAUUUCUACAGUAAGUGUGAACAAUGAUACAGAACAAAAACCUGUUAAAGUAAAAUCCCGCUGGCGAAGGUCAAGCGAGUUAGAAAUGGGAGCAAAUAAAAACAACGAUAAUGAUAAAAAUAGUUCUGAAAAAAUAUUAACCCCUGAAGAAGAAAUUAAAAUCAGACUUAAACAAUUUGUCCACUUGAAAGAUAACAGUUAUUUAACUGACAGAGUGUGUUGCAAGGAAGCGAAGAAGAUGGUGUGUGACUGCUUUUUAACACAAGAGGAAGUUGACCGAGGAGACUAUGGCUGUGGAGAAGAUUGCUUAAAUCGUUUGCUUAUGAUUGAAUGUGGGCCUUUAUGUUCUCUGGGAGAUAGAUGUACAAAUAAAAGGUUCCAAAAAUCGAAACAAUCUGCUUGUGAAGUAUUUCGCACCGAAAAAAAAGGUUUAGGAAUUCGCGCGACUAAAAUUAUCCCUGAUGGUGAAUUUAUACUAGAAUAUGUGGGUGAAGUUAUUAAUCCAGAUGAAUUCGAAGAUAGAGCAACUGAGUAUUCAAAAGGCAAAAAUUCACAUUUUUAUUUUAUGGCUCUUCGAUCUGAUGCCGUCAUUGAUGCUACGCAAAAAGGCAAUAUAUCGAGAUUUAUCAAUCAUUCAUGCGAACCAAAUGCUGAAACUCAAAAGUGGACUGUAAACGGCGAACUGCGAAUAGGUUUCUUUAGCAAGAAGACAAUUCAGGUUGGAGAAGAAAUAACUUUUGAUUAUCACUUUCAAAGAUAUGGCAAAGAAGCUCAAAAAUGUUAUUGCGAAGCGCCUUCUUGUCGGGGUUGGCUUGGAGAAGAGCCAGAUGAUGAAGAUGAAGAAGAAGCUGAAGAAAUGGAGGAAGAGGAGGAAGAAAAAGAGGAAACAGAAGAUGAAGAAAGUGUAGACAAAAAGAAGGAUGAAGGAGACAAGACAAGUAAAUUAAGGAAAGAUGUUGUGGUGAAACAAAAAGUUAAGAAAUCGUUAAAAGAUGAAGGUGUCAAGGAGGAUUCAGUAUUAACAGACGAGCCAAAAUUAGGUACAGAAACUCCAGAAAAAGUCAAAUCGAAAGAAGAAAAAAGCAAAAUAAUCAACAAAGUCAAAACACCAAAGAGUAAGCCAAAUAAGAUAUUACAAAAAACUCGAAAGGAGUUGUUUGACGAUUCUGAUUUAAACGAAGAAAUCCAAACGCUUAUGUCCACUGGUUUAAAGAAUCAAGCACAUACGUUAAAACUCAGUCGUUUGAUGGUACGAGCAACAGAAAUAACGCAAAAAAGUAAUUUACUUCGGGUUCUCCGCAGAGGAGAAUUUCCUUGCCGAAGAUUAUUUCUAGAUUAUCAUGGUCUACGAUUAAUACAUGGAUGGAUGACUGAUGCGCAAAGAUAUUGUAAAACGGACAUGAAACAAGAAUCGCUGAGGUUGGAAAUUUUGCAAACACUAGCCACUUUACCUAUUCCAAACAAGACGAUGCUACAAGAUAGCAAAGUGCUUCUAACAGUUGAAAAGUGGUCACUGCCUUUAAAGAAAGACGACGAACUGGACUCUGAUAGUAAUUCACCCAAAUUAGAAAACGAAGAAAAAGAAGAAGAUGAAUUUGGUGUUGAAGAGACGCAAAAUAAAACAGAUUCCAAAUUAGUCGAAACCAUGGAAGUUAUCGUUGAUAUAAAAGCGAAAGAAGUAAAAGAAGAAAAAAAGGAAGGUGUUGAAGAAUUUGAAAUUAGGAAAUCGGUCGGUAUGGACCAUGAAAGUAUCGUUAAGGAUCAAGAUAAAUCAGUUUCCAGUUUACUAGAAAAAAUCACUGUGUCUCAUUUUGCAAAUUUGUUUGAGGAUGAUAUUUUAGAUAUCAUUGAAAAAGAAGUUGAAAGGGCAACAAAACCAGAGGUCCCUGAAUACGAAGUUGAAAUUGUUGCUCUUGCUUUAAAAUUGUUGGAAGAAUGGUCGACUCUAAAGGAGGUUUUUCGUAUUCCCAAAAAAGAACGGAUCGAAAGAAUGAAGGAACACGAACGGGAAGCGAAUAGAGGCUAUAAACCAACUCUGGAAAAUGAUCUCGAAAGAAAACAUCUAAAUCGUUAUCGUCAGUUACAGAGACCUAGCAGAUUUGACAUCGAACUGAGAAUGCGAAAACCGUUUCCAAUUUUAGAUCAAAGAAAUCUGAAUCCAUUCAAAUAUAAUAAGCACGAAAGGAGAAAAUUGUUUGCCCUUCAAGUAGAACAGGAAGAAGAAAAACGACGUAAAAUGCACUCUUUUAUAAAACAAGAAGUAGCAAUUUUAGGUCCCGAUCUACGCCUUGGUCCACAACAUGAUGUUAAAUUUCAAUAUAUGUGGAAUCCUCAAACAGGUCAAUGGCAGAAAGUUCAAAUUUUGAAUCAAAAUCCGACGAGUGUAGGUCAAACGCCACCUCAAAAACAAGCUAUGGUGCCCCAUCCUCCCCCUAUACUUCAGAAUUUAAAUCAACCUGCUGCUCGACUACCUUAUCCAUUCAAUAGUUAUUCUGCUAGUUUAAACUCUAAUUCUCAUUCUCAAUUAUCCUCAUUUCCUCCUGUACAACCGAAUGUUCCUCAAGUCAGUCACUAUCCACCAAUUAUUACAAGUACCGGCAUGCCAUCUAUGUUACAACACACAAAUAGACUCCCUGAUAUUCAAAGCUCAAAUUUAUUGCCUCCUCAAGGAAUAAGUGUUCCUCUGCCAGGAAAUCCUCCUCUUCCUGUCAUUCCACCAUUGCCAAAUACCACGACUGAUGACAAAAUAGAAGAUGCAUCUCAGGUACGAUUUGCUGGACCAAUACCCCCGCCCGUAAAAUUACCACCAAAAUGGAAAUGCGCCAAAGAUAUUUACGGACGACCUUAUUACUACCACGUCAAAAUCAGAAUAUCCCAGUGGGAACCCCCUGAUAUACAGUUAGCUGAAGAUUCGGAAGAUGAAUCUUCUGAAACCACAUCAUCUUCAGACUCCAGUAGUUUAAGUUCAGAAUCAAGUUGUGAAGAGAGUGACAGUGAUGAAGAUGAAGUAGAUGAUACAAAAUUAAUGAUUGAAAUAAAAAAGAAUUUAAAAAACAUGGAAACAAAGUUGAUAUCAGAACAAGACGAUAGUAACUCCAAGGAUGAUAUUCAACAAAAAGUGAAUGAUCCUUUUCAGUCUGAGAAGAAACCUUCUCUAGAGGAGAGGCUUAAGGUGGAAUUUAAUUUUUUGAAAAAUGAAAAAGAUAAAGAACCACCCGUAAAACGCAGACGCAGUGGAUUAGUUACAGAAAUACAUAUAAUAAGUCCUAGAACGGAAGAAGAUAAAAUACUUGCAAAAGAAAAUCUCAAAAAAUACAAAGACAAUAAAGAAAAGUUAAAACGUCAAAAAGAAGUUUUGCUUAAAAAAGCCAAGCAAUCGAAAGAAACUGCCGGGGAACAACCGAAAAAACGAAUCAGAGUCACUGUUAAAAGUCCAAAACAUAAAAAGCAUAAAGAAAAGGAAAAACUUACCGAAGUUGACAAUGAAACUGCCAAAAAAAUAAAGGAAAACUUCCGCUCCAGCAUGGCUAGUGUUAUGGUCAAUAUUUUGAAUCCCUUUCGUAAACCAGAUUGUAAAGAAGGACAUAUUAGUAAUAAUGAAGACUUCAAACACUUAGCACGAAAGCUUACGCAUUUUGUCAUGUUGAAAGAACUUAAACAUUGCAAAAGUAUAGAAGAUCUUACAUGUACUGACAGUGUAAAAAAUAAAGCUAAAGAGUUCGUAAGGAAAUACAUGGCAAAAUUUGGUGAAAAAUAUGUUAGACCUAAAGAUGAAAUGGAUUUUUGAUUAUUAAAUGUAUGAGUGGUUAAAUGUUGGAUUUAAUCUGUGAUAGUAUAUUGUAAAUGUUUCUUUUCUUUUAGAUCGUAAAUUGAUGUGUUCAUUAUAAUUUAUGUAAGUCACGUGUAAUUUUAAUGACUACAAUUUAUUUGUAAGCCACUGGGACUGUAUAUUACUUGUAAAAUAAAAGUAUGUUUUGUAA